AUUGCCGCGGCCGGGCGGGCGGGCGGCUGGCGGCGGGGCCGCGCUUCCCGAGUCAUGGAGGCGCUCAUUCCUGUCAUCAACAAGCUGCAGGACGUCUUCAACACGGUGGGCGCAGACAUCAUCCAGCUGCCUCAGAUCGUGGUGGUGGGCACGCAGAGCAGUGGGAAGAGCUCGGUGCUGGAAAGCUUAGUAGGAAGGGACCUGCUCCCCAGAGGCACUGGCAUUGUUACCCGGAGACCCCUCAUCCUGCAGCUUGUCCAUGUUUCACCUGAAGAUAAACGGAAAACAACAGGAGAAGAAAAUGGAGUUGAAGCAGAAGAAUGGGGUAAAUUUCUCCACACCAAGAAUAAGCUUUAUACAGAUUUCGAUGAAAUUCGACAAGAAAUUGAAAAUGAAACAGAAAGGAUUUCAGGAAAUAAUAAGGGAGUCAGCCCUGAACCUAUUCAUCUUAAGAUUUUUUCACCCAAUGUUGUCAAUCUGACACUCGUGGAUUUGCCAGGAAUGACCAAGGUGCCUGUGGGUGAUCAGCCUAAGGACAUUGAGCUUCAGAUCAGAGAGCUCAUUCUGCGGUUCAUCAGUAAUCCCAACUCCAUCAUCCUUGCUGUCACUGCUGCCAAUACAGACAUGGCGACCUCAGAAGCUCUCAAAAUAUCAAGAGAGGUAGAUCCAGAUGGUCGCAGGACUCUGGCUGUCAUCACUAAGCUUGACCUCAUGGAUGCAGGCACUGAUGCCAUGGAUGUGCUGAUGGGCAGGGUUAUUCCAGUGAAGCUUGGAAUAAUUGGAGUAGUUAACAGGAGCCAACUAGACAUUAACAAUAAGAAGAGUGUCACUGAUUCAAUCCGUGAUGAAUAUGCUUUCCUUCAAAAGAAAUACCCAUCUCUGGCCAACAGAAACGGAACAAAGUACCUUGCUAGGACCCUGAACAGGUUACUGAUGCAUCACAUCAGAGAUUGUUUACCAGAGCUCAAGACGAGAAUCAAUGUACUGGCUGCCCAGUACCAGUCUCUCCUCAACAGCUAUGGCGAGCCCGUGGAUGACAAAAGUGCUACCUUACUCCAGCUCAUCACCAAGUUCGCCACAGAGUACUGUAACACGAUCGAGGGGACUGCAAAGUACAUCGAGACUUCAGAGCUAUGUGGUGGUGCUAGAAUAUGUUACAUUUUCCAUGAGACUUUUGGGCGAACCUUAGAAUCUGUCGACCCACUAGGUGGCCUUAACACUAUCGACAUCCUGACUGCCAUCAGGAACGCUACCGGCCCUCGUCCUGCUUUGUUUGUGCCUGAGGUUUCCUUUGAGCUGCUGGUCAAGCGGCAGAUCAAGCGCCUGGAGGAGCCCAGCCUUCGCUGCGUGGAGCUGGUCCACGAGGAGAUGCAACGGAUCAUCCAGCACUGCAGCAACUACAGCACGCAGGAGUUACUGCGGUUCCCUAAGCUUCACGACGCCAUUGUCGAAGUAGUGACUUGUCUCCUGAGGAAGCGGUUGCCUGUUACAAAUGAAAUGGUCCAUAACUUAGUGGCAAUUGAGUUGGCUUAUAUCAACACAAAACAUCCAGACUUUGCAGAUGCUUGUGGGCUCAUGAACAAUAACAUAGAGGAACAAAGAAGAAACAGACUAGCAAGAGAAUUACCUUCUUCUGUAUCACGAGACAAGUCCUCUAAAGUUCCAAGUGCUUUGGCACCUGCCUCCCAGGAGCCCUCCCCUGCUGCUUCUGCUGAGGCUGAUGGCAAGUUAAUUCAGGACAGCAGAAGAGAAACUAAAAAUGUUGCAUCUGGAGGUGGUGGGGUUGGAGAUGCUGUUCAAGAACCAACGACAGGAAACUGGAGAGGGAUGCUGAAAACUUCAAAAGCUGAAGAGUUGUUAGCCGAAGAAAAAUCAAAGCCAAUUCCAAUCAUGCCAGCCAGUCCACAAAAAGGUCACGCCGUGAAUCUGCUGGAUGUGCCGGUUCCUGUUGCACGUAAACUCUCUGCCCGUGAACAGCGAGACUGCGAGGUCAUUGAACGACUCAUCAAAUCCUAUUUCCUUAUCGUCAGAAAGAACAUUCAAGACAGUGUGCCAAAGGCAGUGAUGCACUUUCUGGUUAAUCAUGUGAAAGACACGCUGCAGAGUGAGCUGGUAGGACAGCUGUACAAGUCGUCCCUGUUGGACGACCUCUUGACCGAGUCUGAGGACAUGGCCCAGCGCAGGAAAGAAGCCGCUGACAUGCUAAAGGCAUUACAAGGAGCCAGUCAAAUUAUUGCUGAGAUUCGAGAGACUCACCUUUGGUGAAGAGAACUAUGUAUGUGAUACUGAGCUUUGUGACUCAGAACUUGCUAGUUACUCCUACUUGAGUAGAAUUUUAUUUAUGAACUCCUGUGUAUUGCAAUGGUAUCUGCUCAUGUAAAGACUGGCCAUAAACUGAAAAUUUUACUCCUGCAGAACCAAUCACAAAUUUAAUCCAAAUAAUAAAUGGCUGUUUC